AUGGAAAACGACACUCAAGACUUUCAUUGCUUCUCCCGGCUGCCCGCGGAACUAAGACUUGCCAUAUGGCGUGAAUGUCUCCCAAACCGAGUCGUUGAAAUAGACUAUCCAUGGGAUGACGGCGGCGUCUUCGGUCUUGAUCCGCCGGCAUGUAAGCUGCAGCAAACGACCAAUCUUAACCGACGCGCACCAAUGAUCAGCCGUGUAUGCCGUGAGUCGCGUCUUGUCGCCUUUGAAUCUGGGCAUUUUCGCGAGGAUGGUUCGACCCCAGAAGAGGUGCCGUGGAAUUCUGAUAUCCGCGUUGACAAAACAUGGAUCGACCCCUCUCGUGACACGAUACACUUGAAUUGGACACCAGCCUACAGUGCUGGAUACUGGGGUGACGGAAGUGCUCUCGAUCAUUUAGCUUGGAGUGCGGCUAAGGCUCGCGGGGGCUCUUUUAUGUUUGAUUAUCUUGAUAAUACGUGCGAUGGUGAUGUCUACAUUAAAGAAAGGAUUGGGGCACUCAGGAAAUUACAACACGGAGUCAUUGUGAUGCGUGUCAUUAUAGUGCAUACCACACUCGAGAAUGCGGCGAAAACGGGACUAUUUGGACUUCUUGGCGAUGCCUACAUUCAGCUUGUCGAUAUAUCCGACGAGACAAGACUGAAUGCCUUUUUCGAUUUUGCAGAGAAAUGCGAAUCUAAACCCAACGGAUAUAUUACUGGGAAGCAAGACUUCCGCAGGGAGACUCCUGAGUCGGCCAGGAAACUCCUCAACGACCGCCUCGCAUAUGCAUUUGAUGCCCAAGCUGCUCGGACGUUGCCUCUACGUCCGGCCAUCAUGUUCAGAUUCUGCCCUUACUGGUGCAACCAUUCCAUCGGAAAUUUUCGACGAGCUAAAGAUGUCGCCAAUGAAGGAUCCGGGGAAUCUUUGCACAUGAGGUAA